CACUUGCAAGCACGCAUGGCGGUGACGCUGACUCGAAAUCGGGAUUAUUUUGUGAUCUGAUCGCAGUGCAUUCUUUAUUUUCGUUUCGCCUCAAAAAGUGCCAUUGGACAUGUGUCGGUUGUGGAUCUCUCCUAUAAUGAGUUUUGACCAUCGCUCGUAGUCAGCACUAGCGCGGAAAUCUAAGUCCUGAAAUGUUAUGAUUGUGCUCUUCGAAUAGCAACGCAUCGCGUGUUUUUGUUUGUAUGGGGGUGUGACAAGGGGCGCUGAAGCAACAGCAAGAGUCGUGAAUAUACCGUUUCUGUGAUACUGGGUCAGUUUGCAAAAAAAAAACAUGACUUACGAUCUGCCUCCAAUCGUACUGAAAGGCAAGGAACUGAUAAAAUACCGCCAUUUGAAACGCAAGUACCCCGUUUCCAAGGCCUUCCUGCAGCGCAACUGGUGGAAUGUCAAGAGAUUUAUAGUUAACGCCCUUAGUCCUCGUUGCGUCAUCCGGAAUUAUGCCUGGCGACGUCGGCGUAGCCACCGUGUCCACAUCUUGCGACGUGUACGCAUCAUUCUUUUUGAUCCGCGCCUAAAGGGGAUGAUCAAGCGCCGCCUGCAGAACGUGCGGCAGUGGUCUGGGAAUUUGGUGGGUUAUUACAAAAAGAUGGGAAGGGUAGAGGAGUACGAGGAGACGGAGGUGUAUCAUGUGGCCGAGCCUUUGGGAGCCGAGGAACUGUCAAAGCAGAUGAAGCAGCAACUCGAACUACUUAAGACCGGCAAAAGAAGUCUUUCUCUCAUUGAAGACACCAAUCCCACUGCGGAAGUCCCAGUUAAGAAGCGUAAAGAGGAGAAUGAGAUUAGGCAGGAAACGCCUAAUGAAGAGACCGGUGAUCACAUCGACUCUGGUAUCGCUCCCUUGAAGGAGACAGCUGAAAGGACGCCCACAAAGUCACCCGCUCAAGCAAUUGGCUUAGAGGAUGCCCCAACUCCGGCCACUCCUAGCAAGGAGCAGAGCGGCCCGACGAGCACAUGUUCCAGUACCGAGAAGACAGACAAAGGCGAAAAGGCCGGUGGCAGCAAGUUCUUAGACAUGCUCAUUAGUAAGGUGCGCGUUAAGAAUUUUGCCCGUGAGGAAAACAUGCCGUCGGAAGUUUGCGUUGCUCCAUUCUCUGUUUCUGAAGACGAUGGCAGCGAAGACUUCGUGGGCUUUGACGAGAGUGUUCACCAGCCGGGCAUGCUUCUCACUCCACUGGUGCCCAUAAACUGCAAAACCACUGAGGGAAAUGCCGCCUUUGUUAGCGAAUCCUUGGAUGCUUACAUGCGAGAACACCACAUUAAUGAUUCGGAUUCGCAGCAGGACGACAAGAAUAAGUUACUCGAGCCGAUGGGACACGAUGGACAGGUUACCUCGCACAGUAUGGCUCCGCCGAUGGACAUGCCGGCUGUUCCGGAAGCAUUGCAACGCUUACGAACGGUGGCUGAAAGGCGGCAGUAUCUGCAGCGUUGCAAGAACCACAAGAUGGGCAUCAUCAAUAACGAAGCUAAUGUAUACAGGGAGUUGCAGCGUAAGCAACGUCAGAGAAAGGUGAAGAUCGCGGCCAUGCAAACUCUGCAGGCACCCGACUCACAAAUGCCCUUCACGCGUCAGGGAUGGCAGGCGGCCAGUUAUGUGGCCACCGAGAACUCGAACUACUACUAUCAAGUUAUCCAGGUGGAUGGGGAGUUGGUACGCCUACCGGGAGCUCGGGGAAAUAAUUUGAAGAGGGAGAAAAGACCAUACUUGAGCAGGCUAACGCCCAAAGAAGAGGAAGAACUAAACUGUAGUAGCCAGUGCUUGGAUGCUCGCAUUUGUCGGGAGUUAAAGAUUAUCCCCACGAAAGUGUGUCCGCCGAGAAACCCUAAGAUCCUCAACCAGUUUCCACUGCCCGCCAUAUUUCGUCCCUGCCCAUUGUCAAAGAAACCGCUGCAGAGGCCGCUGGACGAUGACACGGCCGCUCUACUUCUCGCAGGUGGGAGCAUGGCCGUAGUUAGCAUGCCAAAUGUUCAAUUAGAUGUUAUACCUCAACUGGGACGACCACUACACGAAAUCGCCAAGCGAUAUCUUCAGCACAUCUUGCCCCAUCAUGACAUAACGCGGGAGUGGGCCGAGUUUAGUGUAUCGACGCUGCGGGCGCCACCCGCAUGCAUGAAGGAUGCAGAGGAGCAGGCUUCCCAAACACCAGCAGGCCGCCGAAAGAGUUUUACAUUUGUUAUUCCAUAUCUGAACGAUCGGAAUCACAUUCUCGUUCGGCGCGUGGUAGACCGAUCUGAGCUCCUCGACAAAAGCUUUAAUGAAGAGCCUGAUAAGUUGCAAGAUUUUGCCUUUCGGGAAAUGCUUCCCCCUCAGCCAGAUGCGGAGACCCUGGCCUGCGCAGACAUGAUCAACGACAUGAUCAACACUGUGGCCAUCAGCUGCAGCGAGAACAGUUUCAUAAGCGAAGAUCCAGAUGCAGUAGGAAAUAGUUCUUUGUUGCCCAAGUCCUCUGAACUAAGUUCCAUGAAGGAGGAAUCUGUAAAAGACGCGGAUAAAACUGGUAGCAAGGCAAAGCGGCUUCCCAACAAGCAGAAGCGCCUGGCAAAUGAACUGAGACGUUUAAAUGCAACUAUUAUUGAUGCGGCUGCCAGAAAUGCUGAUGCUAAAAAACCGUGCAUUAAGGAUUAUUGCCAGUUGGGCUGUCUGUGCGCAAGCUUAGCAGGUACAGAGUUACCUGUGCGGGAUCACUGCGGCAGGGCAGAGUGUGUCUUGGAUUGCCGUUGCAUGGGUGCGGAGCAGGGUCGUGUCAUGCGUGUGGAGGCUGUAGAUGGACGGGGAAUUUCCAACGAGGAUGCAUUCAACUUGCGCCGUAAGGCCACUGCACGGCUGGCCAAGAUGGAGAAGGACUUCACUUCCACCUUAGUGCUUACAGAUAACGAGACUCUGCUUAUCAAUGAGUCGCAGGGCGACAAAAAGCGACGCUGCACGAAAGCUCCGAAGCGCUACGAGGAUUUCGAUGACACAAUUUUUGAUGAGGACGAAAAGGAAGUGGUAUCACCUACAUCAAAGAAGCAAAAGAAGAUUGCCGCUGCUGCGGCGGCUGCUGCAGCUGCGGCUGCCGCUGCCAGUGCCAAGAUAUCUGCUCCUGCUCUAAGCGAACCUUGUUCGGUGAAGGACACCGAUCUUGCCAAGCUGAAGCAUUGCUUUGUGGGACUACGGCGUUUACCAGACAUUGACAACUUGGCCACGUUUUGCAUGACCCACCAGCUUUAUAAGUGCUUCUGUGGCGGUGAAUCCCCUGAUGGCAAACCGGUGGUCAUUGAGAAGGAGCAGUGGAACACGCCUGUGACUCACUUUAAUCCAGAUCUGGCCACCAGGGCACACUACAGCUUUGAGCGCCCGUCGGAGGAGUUUUCAACAAAGAAAAAAGGAAAGGAAAAGAAGACCAAAGCGAAGGUGGAGCAAAAGGCAAGCGAAGAGGAACAAAAGCCAAAGACUGAAGUAGAGACGUCUAUUCCGCCCAAGAUUGAAUGUAAAGAUGAAUUCAAAGCAGCCGUUUCUGCUUUCAGCGAUGAGACUCCUAUCCAAAGGUCCAUCGAGUUAGAUGCUAUCUUCAGUUAUUUCCGUUCCCGUCCCCAUAUGUGCCGGCGAGCCAUUUCCGUUCCCAAAAACGAAUACCAACGCCUCAAUAAACGACGGGCGGAACGAGUGCGUCACUAUUGCGCCCGUAACGAGACUCCGGAAUCAAUGGAUCUGCUUAAGGCUCGCAUUCAGGGUGCAAUUACGUACUACCGCAAGGAGCUCGAUCGACAACGGAAACGAGAGCUGAGCAAAAAAGCAAAACCCACCGUAAUUGAAGUGCGUGACGAUUCCGAUGGAAGCGAGGUUAACAUCUCUCAGAAAAGAAGUGGAACCACUAACAAUGAGUCGAAUACUACAGGCAAGCGCAUAAAACUGCAGUCGGAUGAGCCUUCUCCUCAAGAGGAAGGAAAGAAGUUGGAAAUUCAAGUGCCUCGCAUCGCCGCCUGUUAUUCGCUUAAUUCUGCCGCCGUCGAUGCGCUAGCAUCUGGAAUGGCUGCGGUCGCCUCUGGAGGGGCACAGGAUUCCGCCGAUCUGGAUUCUACAAACUUUAGCUCUUUCUACAACGAGGUGGUUAAAAACAUGAAUACCCUGGUAAGCAAAAAGAUGCAGGACAUUGAUCUGGCGCUGCAGCGAGAAAGCAAGAUAAUCCCGGCUCCUAACGAAGAGAUUCUUUGCAUCAUAAAGUGGACAAACUUUUUGGCCGCUUUUGAAUCUAGUUUCGUAUUUAUAUGGGAUGUCCAAAUGAAGACUCACAGCUUCCUGGCAGCCACCACGACCAACUUGAUGCCGUCGGUGUGUGGCGCUAUUGGAGUGGUGAACACUAAAUUUGCAACCGAUCCUCAAGCAUUGCCUUUAAUGGCUCGGAUGCUUAUGAAAUCCACGAGAAACGAAAACACCAACCGACUUGCUGUGGUAAUGCAGGGCAGGCAGAGUUACUGGCUCGUCAAGGGAUUCCUGCGACAUAUGGAAGGCAAUGCCUGUACGAAGCCGACGCCACAGACUCAUCCGCUGCUUACCAAGAAGAUCAAUGUGCUGUGCUCGCUGCUUGUGAAACAGCGUAUUCGAGAACACCAAAAGAAGCGCAACAGCCGCGCAGGCUCACCUACUGAGGUGCCGAGUAGUGUGGCAUCAGAAGUUCCUUCACCGAGCGCGAUACCUAUCAGGCAGCGCUCACGGGAAAGUCAGAAAAAGAAUCAGAGCGAAGAAACGACGCCGAGUACGAUUUCAUCAGCAAAGACUACCAAGUCAGCUGUUGCUGCCGGUUCUUUGAAACCUGCGCCUGUUGCUCAAACAACAUCGGCUUCAGAUUCUGGUACUGCGAGUCUUUCUAUCGGUCCUGAAAAGGCUUUGGUACUAGGUACCCAAAGUAAAAACAGCGUCUCUGGAAUCCGUAGCAACAUCGAGUUCAGAAAAGUUCACAAUAAUGAUGUGGAAGAACUGCAAAUACCCGAGCUGCAUAAGACCGACCACCGAUGGGUCGUGCUCGACAUAUAUGAUGACUUUUCGCACAUUUUUGUUCCCGCUUUCAAUGACAUGAUAUCGUUGACCAGGAUCUACAGCGUGAUGCAGGUGGCCGAGGAGAGCCAGAAAGUGGUUAAGCUUCAGUUCUUUCCCAAUGCGCCAUAUGAUGCAUUCGUGACGCCAUCUUCAAAAAAGAAAAUCUACUUUGGUCCGCUAAGUCUAGAUGUGCCGCCGCCAGUGCUAGUGCUGUUACAGAGUGUUGACAGGAAGAUGAUGUUGCGAGAGGUUUACCAGCGAGAGCACUCUAUUCAGGUCAAGCGGCAUCGUAGAAGCAUGGCCUUCUGGGUGCUGCAUGUGAACGGUCAAGUGCACUUCGAGAUCGACAUGGAAUCAUCGGCAAAGCUUGUGGCGCAGCAGAAUAGUUCUUCGGUCACGUCUGGUCUCAAUGUGUUGAAAAUUCCGUCGCAGCUAUCUGUGGAAAUAGAAAAGAACAACGAGACAGUUCCGCCGGUAGUGAUUAUCGAUAGUGAUGAAGACGAUGAUACGGAUGAUCAACUGGUUAUCGAUGAGAAGGAAGUCCAGAAGAAAGAUACUGAGAUUAAGCAGGAACUUCCUCGCACGAAUUUCACCAUACAAAAACUUCCCAUGACCGGUGCUCUGCAGAUAACCACUACGGAUUCGGUAUCGCCAUCCCCACGUCCUUGUAAAGAUGUGACAACAUGCCAGCUAACCGGAGGUUUCAUGCCCUUCAUUUCAAACGUCCCCGCCAAGAAUGGACAGGCAGCUCCUACCACCCAAUACCUUACGCCUCAAGUUCAACUAACCACGUCGUUAAGUGUUCCUGAUGUCGCCUCGUCAAGUUCGCCCGCACAUACGCCAGCAGCCAAAAUGGUGCAUAACAAGAUUAAUGAGUCGCUGCAGGAGCUGCUGAGCAGUGGAAACACUAUAACUCCUGGGGGCAUAACUAUCACUAAGUUGAACACCAAGGACAAAAAACGGCCAGCCGAAUCCCUCCAGACUGUAAGCAAUAAAAAGCGCAUCACCAUUACCGGGAUUGCUAAACAAACACCGAAAGCAUUACCAGAAACGGGGACAGUUACUGCUGCCCGGGCGCCUGUUAUCAGGCCUUUGGCGACGCCUAUUUCCAAAAACAUUCCACCGAUAAGACCCCCAGGAGCGCCAGGGCAGAACGCGGGGGUUAAGCUAUAUCCCAGACCAGCUAACGCUGUCAAUCUGCAAUCAGUGCCGGCAAAUGUUAAACCUCCGGUAACCGCGACAUCACGACAAUCCAUGCCAGCGAAAGUUACAGGUGGCAGUGAUAAGCCGUCUCCAGUGUCCACCUCAAAGGUUUCUGAUCCAACCACGCGUAUGUCUCUGCCCGUGAAACCUUCUGCUGCGGGGGAGCCCCUGCCCUCGCGGCACUCUCUGCCACCGAAGGCAAUUUCGGAUUCCGUUGCAGUUUCUGGACAAAGACCCGAAAACGAAGAGGUCUGCUACGGCAUAAUGGUCGCAAAAGGUCUGCCACGCUUCCGCGUCAAAGUGCGCGGUUCAGACUUUUUGAUCAGAAUACCAGAACAUGGCGUUUUGUUCUUCAAAACUUUUGGAUCAGCCAUAAGCUUUCUUAACCGUCACUUGGCAAAGAAUCCCGAUCUUAGGAAGCAUCUGCCGGCACAGUGGAAGUUUCAGGCCACGGAGCAGGUCAACAAGCAUUUGAUACCUAAGACACAGCAGUCCCCAGCCGCCAUCGUAAUCGAAGAUUGAAGUGUUUUUGUUUUUCGGCCAUCACAUUCAGAUUGUGUUUCAUUUAGCAUGUAGUUCUUCACGGAAGCGCACUCAACUCAUUACGUACACUCCCGUUUUUAGGAUACAUAUUUAAUAUGUAAACUUCAUAGUUAUAACAGUAGAUUAUCAGAUUAUGUUAUUUUUGAGUUUGAUUAUUAUUAGGAAUAUUUUAGAUUUACAAAAACGUAUUAGCAGCGAUUGUUACAAAGUCGAUGCAAAAAUAUAAAGGAAGGUAUAAAUAUUAUAUUGUGUAUCAUAAUUAAUUCACGAACUUAGCACAAAUUGUAAAUAAUGUGUCACAUUGUUUAUUUGGAAAGGCUGCUUCAGCUCUGUUGUUUAAUUUAAUUUAUGUUAUGCGGCGCAAAUUUUGAAAUUGGACAUUCCUUAUUUUUUAAAAUAUAUCUUUAAGACAUGCAAAA